AUGGCCGACUCUCUCGGUUUGACGGCAUCACUCUUCAUCGCGCUAUGUCUUUGCAAGCCGACACACGGAUAUGGCUUCCGCUUUCCGCGACAUUACGAUCAGAUUGUGAUGGGAGAGACAGUAAACCUCACGUGGGACAUAAUAAACCCCUUCGUCAGCUUGCACUAUGUCCCGACCUCCAUUGUAGGAGGUAGUAUCGUUACCGUUGUAAAUAUUGCCGAAAACAUAUCCAACAGAGGCUGGGCGUUGUGGGAAAUUCCGACAGAUCUUUCAUCACCCAUUAUUGGGGUACCAGGCUACUUUAUGUUGACCGAUGGAGUGACGAAUGACACCAUACUUGACACUGAGUAUGUGACGGUCAUGCCUACUUCGACCACACCGGUCCCAUCGCCGACUCUUCUUGGGCGAUUUACAGCGCCAACCGGAGCCCCGAACAGGUCACUAACAGAAGGUGCUGCUAUCAAUUUCACAUGGGAGACAGAUGCGCAAUUUGUGAACCUUUCAUUCUGGACGGCUGCUAACGACCCGUGGCCACUCUUCUCUCUGACCCCGAACCCCGGCUGGUAUGUUUGGACUGUUAAGAACAUUGCCGCCUUUCUGUUGCCGCACUACCUGAAGCUGGAAUCGAACGACACUUCCUACAUCGCGUCUCCGACUAUCGACAGCGAAGGCUUCUAUAUUGAGCCGUCUAACUAUCCAGUAGCCACUCCCAAUACCAUGUCUGACCAUGCGGCGGCGAUUAUCUAUCCACAGAGACGGGACACGGACUAUUUCGCAGUGAAUGACACUGUUGUCUUCGUAUGGGACAAGCCGGUGCCACCGGCGAUAAUACUCAGUAUGCAAACGAUGGGCGACACCUACUUCACUUGGACAACCACCGACCGCUUCCUUGCUGGUUUCGAUGACUUCACGUAUACUACCACAAAUUUCACGUUGAAAAUCCAUGACCUCUAUGGCUUCACCGAUGGCAUGUAUGGAAGCUCAUUUCAUUUCAACCUCGUUGAAGAAUCCUAUCGAGCGACAGAGGGUGAAUGGUACUUGACGAAACUCAUCGCAAGGAGUGAUUCAUUCAGUAUCGUCCUACCAAGUGGACCGGAGAAGACUUGGUCGCCAUCCGCAGAAAGGCUCGCAACAUCGACUAUGCAGCCACCCUCCACGCCGUCGAGUAGCGAUCGCGGUGGCUCCAGCAACCCCAGCAACUCCAGCAACUCCGGCGAUUCCGGCGGCUCUGGCAUGACGACGACGACAAAGAUCGCAAUCGGCCUGUCGGUGCCCUUGGGAACCAUCUUUCUCAUUCUCCUCGGUUUCGUCAUCUUCUGGUGGCGGAGAAAGCGUCGACAACAGGGAUCUGCCGGGAAAAGGGAUAGGCAUCUUGCUGGCAAAGAAGUGCACGAGCUGGAAAUUUCCAGGAGCCCGUAUGGACGACAUGAGCUCCUGGGCAAGGCGCGUCCCGCGGAGUUGGAUGGACACCAGGUACAUGAGCUGCCUACGCCGCAAUACCGUGGCCCACCAGCGCCAGGGUAA